GAUGCUGAGAAACGAACUCCUCUUCACGUUGCGUCAUUCCUGGGAGAUGCGGACAUCAUUGAGCUUCUCAUUUUGUCAGGCGCUCGUGUUAAUGCCAAGGACAAUAUGUGGCUGACUCCUCUCCAUCGGGCAGUUGCUUCAAGAAGUGAAGAAGCAGUGCAGGUAUUGAUUAAGCACUCGGCUGAUGUCAAUGCCCGGGACAAGAACUGGCAGACACCGCUGCAUGUGGCGGCUGCAAACAAGGCAGUGAAGUGUGCGGAGGUCAUCAUCCCCAUGCUGAGCAGCGUCAAUGUCUCUGACCGAGGCGGGCGGACGGCAUUGCACCAUGCAGCUCUGAAUGGCCACAUUGAGAUGGUGAACUUGCUCUUAGCCAAGGGAGCAAACAUCAAUGCUUUUGACAAAAAGGACAGAAGAGCUCUUCACUGGGCAGCCUACAUGGGUCACCUGGAAGUUGUUGCCUUACUGAUUAAUCAUGGUGCAGAAGUGACUUGUAAAGACAAGAAGGGUUACACCCCACUUCAUGCAGCUGCAUCCAAUGGGCAGAUUAACAUUGUGAAACACCUCCUUAACCUGGGGGUAGAGAUUGAUGAAAUGAAUAUCUAUGGAAAUACUGCACUUCACAUUGCCUGCUACAAUGGUCAGGAUUCUGUUGUUAAUGAGCUGAUUGACUAUGGUGCUAAUGUAAAUCAGCCUAAUAAUAAUGGAUUCACUCCCUUGCAUUUUGCUGCUGCCUCCACUCACGGAGCAUUGUGUCUUGAACUACUAGUGAAUAAUGGAGCAGAUGUUAACAUUCAGAGUAAGGAUGGGAAGAGCCCGCUGCACAUGACAGCUGUCCAUGGGAGGUUCACGCGGUCGCAGACCCUCAUUCAGAACGGAGGGGAAAUCGACUGUGUUGAUAAGGAUGGUAACACCCCUCUGCACGUGGCUGCAAGAUACGGACAUGAGCUUUUGAUUAACACCCUCAUAACCAGCGGAGCUGACACUGCCAAGUGUGGGAUCCACAACAUGUUCCCUUUACACUUAGCAGCGCUGAACGCUCACUCAGACUGCUGCAGGAAGUUGUUGUCAUCGGGCUUUGAAAUAGACACCCCUGAUAGUUUUGGAAGAACGUGCCUCCACGCUGCCGCUGCAGGAGGUAAUGUUGAAUGUAUAAAACUCUUGCAAAGCAGCGGAGCAGAUUUUAAUAAGAAGGACAAAUGUGGAAGGACACCUUUGCACUAUGCAGCUGCGAAUUGUCAUUUCCACUGUAUUGAGACACUGGUGACAACAGGAGCCAAUAUUAAUGAAACAGAUGACUGGGGACGCACCCCUUUGCACUAUGCUGCUGCUUCCGACAUGGACCGAAAAAAGAGUAUUUUAGGUAACUCCCAUGAAAAUGCUGAAGAACUUGAAAGAGCCAGUGAGAUGAAGGAGAAAGAAGCUGCAUUGUGUCUAGAGUUCCUUCUACAGAACGAUGCCAAUCCGUCCAUCCAAGACAAAGAGGGGUACAACACUGUGCAUUACGCUGCUGCAUAUGGUCACCGGCAGUGUUUGGAACUGCUUCUGGAGAAAACCAACAAUAUGUUUGAGGAAUCUGAUUCUGCAGCUACGAAAAGUCCUUUGCAUUUAGCUGCCUAUAAUGGUCAUCAUCAAGCCUUGGAGGUACUUCUCCAAUCUCUGGUAGAUCUGGAUAUUAAGGACGAGAAGGGACGCACUGCUUUGGACCUGGCUGCCUUUAAAGGACAUGCAGAGUGUGUGGAAGCUCUCAUCAGCCAAGGUGCUUCUGUCACUGUAAAAGACAAUGUCACCAAAAGGACCCCUCUCCAUGCCUCAGUCAUUAAUGGCCAUACACCUUGUUUACGGUUGUUGCUGGAAGUUACAGACAACCCUGACGUGACAGACGCCAAAGGACAGACCCCACUAAUGCUGGCAGUGGCAUAUGGGCACAUUGAUGCUGUUUCUUUACUACUUGAAAAAGAAGCAUCUGUAGAUGCUGCUGAUCUCCUGGGAUGCACAGCUUUACACCGAGGGAUUAUGACUGGGCAUGAAGAGUGUGUUCAGAUGCUGUUGGAGAAAGAAGUGUCUAUCUUAUGUAAAGACGCCAGAGGCAGAACACCUCUGCACUUCGCAGCAGCGCGGGGUCACGCCACGUGGCUGAGUGAGUUACUGCAGAUAGCGCUGUCGGAGGAGGACUGCAGUUUCAAAGAUAAUCAGGGCUACACACCACUGCACUGGGCUUCUUACAACG